AUGGCCACAGACAAGUCCAGUCGGCGGUUCCCUUCGGACGACCGCGAGCUCCGUGAUAUCUGGGCUGACGCAUAUGCUGCUUGGGACUUCGGGAACUACUCACCGCAGGGACAGGUUCAGUAUAUCAAACCAGUGCCAAGUGAAGGAAUGGAGGCAUUCGAGCUGGGGGAUCUGCACCUACCACAUCCGGUCAUUUUUGAAAUCACUGCUUUCAACCCUGCUGCGUUAACGAAGUCUCUACCUUCGAUCGAGACUAACUUCAAGAGGCUCAGACAGCUUCGUGAGCGAAUCUUGAAGUUGUCAUCGCCGAGGCCAGCAAUGGUCGUUCAUUCAUUUGGUUUUGAUAAGACAUGGAGGGAGGAUGGCUGUAUGGUUGCUUAUUCUGAAGAAGAGGACAGGGAGAAGGCGAGAACUGAUUUGAUACAAUUGGGUGUGGAGUUUGGCCAAGGAGCUAUAUAUGAAAUCCAGCAGCUGCCCGGUGAUACGCCUGGAAAGGUCGCCACUCGCACUACGGUUCCUUGUUCGAGGGAGUUCGAGGAGACCAGUGCGAUUGUCAAGAUUACAGGGACGAACGCUCCUUUAGAGUUCCCAGAUAUGAUAUGGGAUCCCAUCAAGUACUAUCGUGCACAAGAAUUCGAGGCUAUGCUCACGAGAGCGAUUGAUGAUGAUGAAGAAGAAGAGGAGUUGUGA